AUGCGGGAGGUCUUGCUGCUGUAUUUCCUCGUUUGGGGGAGUCAUGGAUGUCUACUGGAGAACGGCAUGAGCUCCGUUUAUCUGUCAGCCUUCGAAAAUCUCAAAACAGGUCGGCCAAUUUGGAUUUUUUUUCAUUUUUUUUUAUCCUCUAAAGUUUUCUCAUUUUCCUAUUUUUUUUUUCCCGUUUGUCACAAUUAUUUAGACCUUAUUUUGAAAACUUACUCUGGAUACGUUUAUAUCAAUGUAACCUAAACUAGAAACGGCAGUAAUAUUUGCUUUUUGGCGAGUUUGUGAGUUGAACUCUGAAUUUUGAGCUCAUCAUGAGAAGUUUUCGAAAAUCUAAACCUGAUUAUGAAAAUUCUUUCUUCCUGUUUUCAAAAUGAAUACAAAUAUUUUUUUUUGAUGGUUUGAUUUGGAUUUUUUGUUUCAAUCGUAAAAAACUUUGAAUUUUCAAAAGUACACUGAUUGAAACUGGCACAAAACCAAUUUUAUUUUUUUAAAUAUGAUUGAGUCUCUCUUCAUCACAACAAAUUGUGACUCAUUCUCGCAAGAAGAACACCAAGGUUGACAAUUAGUGACAUAACUGCGUGCAUUCGACCGUGGGCCAAUUCGGUUAUCUGGCGCGUAUUCAACGAAUUUGGCAGCAAGGAUAAGUCGAUUUGCUCUGACUGUAGAUAAAUGCCCAAUUUGCCUUUGCAUCGUGGAAACCUUGUAUACUUCUUGAGAAAAAAAAAUGUGUGCUAGAUGAAUAUAAAGUUUUGGUAUUUCCCGCAAAAAAAGGAAUGUUUGGAAUUUUUCUACCUUGUAACCAGGGAUGUUCCGAAAGAUCUGAGAAAUUCCUUACUUUUUUGGGAAUUCGGGCGGAGGCUUUGUAGUUGGCAAAUGGGGGCCGAUUGGCUGCGAUUCCGGAGAAUUUUCGGUUCCCAACGAGUCAACUCGUGGCGGGUCCUGUUCUUCGUUUCCUUUCACAUGGCGCACGCUCAAACCAUUCAAGUAGAGGCAAAAAAAUGCCAGCCAGAUGCGACAGUUUAGAUCCACAACCGAGUUUUCCGAUAACAUUUUUUGUCAAAGAAGAGAUGAGGACAUUUACAGGGAGUGUCAUCGGGAAGUUGCCAAUCCAAGAUGACGAGGAAGAUAGCAAAGCUAAGUCGGAACUCGAGCUUGCGGUCAUCAAAGGGGCCGACUUGGUGGAAAUAGCCCCCGGCACCAAAGACCUGGUUUUGAAAAAAACGUUGGAUAGAGAUGAAGUGAGUUGGAUUUUUUUUAACUGCGCGUUGUUACAAAAAUGCCAGAUGUCGAUGUUGAUCUGCAAGUUUUUUUCAAAGUCAUUAGACUUCUUAAUUUUGCGAAGCUGUUCAAAAAUCUUUCGAAUUCUCAAAAUUUCUGUGAAAAUUCAUAAGUCAAGAUGUAUGAAAAAAAUUGGUCUGCCGUUUCCUGAAUCUUAUAUUUUCUGUCUAUUUUUAAAGUUUUUCCUAACUCUUUUUUUUCUCCCACUUCUCUCUACCGUAAAAUUGACUUUUUUUGUAAUCUCUCAAAUCUUAUCUUUUUGCCAUCGAUUAGCAAAAGAUAUAAGCUCAACCCAAAAGUUCGUGAUCAUGAAAUCGGAGAGAGUGGACAAAUUGUCAACUCAAGUGUGGGUCGGACCGUGUGUGCGCGACUCAGCGAGGGUUUCCUUGUUGACCAGCCAGGCUCUAAGUGCUGUCGCUUGUAAAACAAAAGCGCGUCAGCAGGCCUCGUCACUGCUGCUAAUGGAAUGAUACCUAAAUUGGAAAGAGGCAAGGGUUUGAAAAUCACCAGAAAUUGUCAAGGACUGCUAGAAGCGUGAGUGGAAAUCGCAAGACGGGCAUAACUUAUUAAUCAAAGUUCUAACCAAAAAUCGAAAAUGAUCAGAACUAUAAAACCGAAGAGCUAAAAGCAGAAAUUGAAUUUUAGUUAUCAUUCAAACAGAAAAUAUGAGAGUUUUUCGUUCUAAAAAAAAGAAAAAUCAAUCAACCUUAUAAGGAAAUUUUCUUGUGGGUAAUCGAUGGACAUCAAAUGUAUAUCUUUAGAAAUAUUUUUGACUUUUCCACAGGCAAUCAAAAAACGUUUUUAUUGAAGUCAUGGCUGCUUUUCACAUUGUUUAGAAGUUCAUAGAGCCAGUUGACCAUUGAAAUUAUGAACAAAAAUUAUGCCAGCACGAACAUCUUUGAAACUUUGAAACUUUUAUUCAGUCUUCAGAGAAGGUACUCUGCUGAAUCAUGGAAUUAUUGAAGAGUUGUUUGUCGGUUUGCGAAACUGUUGUUGAUCAAGCGUAGACGACGCGUAGAGCCUCUCGUCUCUCUUUUGAUAGUAGUAGACGACUUUCGAGCGUUUCCGACGAUCACUGCUUUUCCAUGAACAUCUAGGCGUUCCAAAUCUGAAGAUUGAGAACGAUACUUUCAUACUCAAUGUUUCAUACUUUGCAAUUAUUGCAGAAUCUUGCUUUCAUUCAAGCCAAGAUGUUCACCUAAAUAGACUUGCUAAGGAAACUAAUCAAGCGUCUGCGCGCUAGUUGGCGGUCACACAAAGAAUUAUGAGACGCACAACCUGGGGAUGGCAGAAGAGUAGAUUCAUUUGAGGGAAAGUUGGGGUUCAAUGGAUGUCGAUCCGAAAACAAAUUACUUUCACCUUUUUUGAACGAAUAUGCAACCGGAACGCUAAUUGCCAUUAUUCCAACCUUUCGGAGUGGAUUUUUCAUGUUGCGGUCAAACCUAAAUUCCACUUUUGUUUUUUUAUUUCUUUAUUCAUCUUGAGUUAUCAGAAAAAAACUUUUUUUAACUCAAAGUUCACUUUGAUAAUGCAACAAAAAAAGAAAUUUUUUUGAAAUUUACAGAAAUAUGUUACAAAAAAAGAUGGAAUUUUUCAAUCAAAAAGAGUGAACAUUCAAGUUUUUCCUCGAAAUUUUUCAGCUUUAUAAAACAAAAAAAAUUCUGCCUUUGCGAGCAUGGGCUAAAUGUUGUGAGAUGUACAUACGUCUAUGGGUCUUAAUUUCUUGGUUAUACAUGUAUUCGCUCCAAAACACAUUACUUGCGUACCCUUCUGCAAGUUUUUUUUUAAUCAGUCAAGUUGUUGUCUUGUACUCAUAUAAAAUUCCUGAACUUCCACUCUGUGUGAUAAUGUACCAGAAUAAAAGAAAUCAAAAGUUUGGUGUUGGGGUUUUUCAAAAAAUCUUUUUCUGAUGUUAUGUAAAUUUUCUGAAGUUCCAAUUGUUUUGCCCUGUCUGACAAAGCAAAAUUUGGCGCUGUCACUAGUCGCGCGAAGGUUUAUGAGGCGUACAUCGAUUGCGGUCACACGCGAGCCGACAAUGGCUAUCUGAACUCAAGGAAACCUAAGCAAAAAGUUCAGGGCGUCGGCAAGUUCGAGGCAAUCGUCGAGUGCCGCUCAUCAAACGCUGAUGCCGACUUCAGUCAGGUGCGUGAAACUACAAGGCUACCGUAACCACACGACUUGGAAAGUUAUUUGCGCGAGGGAUUUUGAAGGCGCCUUUUCGCACUUCGUGAAAAGCGCCUUGUUUAAUAUUAGCUCGAAUCAAAAUCGUUUGAGGGCUGUGAAAGUAUGUCGUCAAACAUGAAUCGAAUUACAUGAUUAAGAAACAAUUUUGAAAUUAUAGCUCAACAUUUCUGUUUUCGUGACCGUGAAAGAUGUCAACGACAAUCCGCCAGUUUUCGAUUCACCAGAAUAUUCUGUUUCGAUCAAAGAAGAGUUACCUAUCGGUGAGUUUUUUUUCUCAUUAAUAGGAACUCAAAUGGCUUCUAACAAACGAAGAAAAUCAGUAACGUUUGGACUAAUGACUUGUGACGCAAUACCAUUUAAGGGUCUGUGCGUCAAUUAAAAGUAAUAAAUUCUGGAUUUUCUGUGAAUUUUUUGUCACAAGUAAGCGUUGAAAUCAGCUCUCUGAAAAAAUAUUUCAGGAACGAUUGUUUUCACUGACUUUGAAGCGACCGACAAUGAUCAGCCAGGUCCCAACAGCUUCGUACAGUAUUCGAUUGUGAAAGGAACUUUCUCUCAUCUGCUCGACAUUCCCGAUCCCUUCAAACCCGUUAUUGUGGUCAAAGUGAGUUUUUACAAUUCUUCAUGGAGCUGAAAGGCUUGAGCUGAGUUUGAGCUCAAGAAAAUAUUCACGAAGACAAAGAAAAAGAAGUCAUCAAAGCUGUGAGAUUUAACUUAAACUCAUCAGUAAUCCAACCAGAACAUUUUCACAAAAACUGCUUUUACUCAAAGUUAGUACUUUGAAGUUUUGACGCUCCCUUGCGACAAGAGUGGUACAACUUCACUGAAAAUUGAAAGGAAAAGAAAAAAUUUCUUCUGUUCACUGAAAAAAACUUUGUGGUUCAUCUCAUCUUACUUUGACCUUUUUCAAAGAUUUAUCAUGAAUUUUUCAAAGCCGUCUUGUGACGAUUUCGAAUGAGCGAAAAGAUUUACAGUAGCGGAAAUGAGUGAGUAUUGAUUCGGUUUUUUUCGUCCGUAACGCUGUCAAAAAAAGAUUAUUUUAACCUUAGAUUUCAAUAAAUUAAGUAAAAUAAUGUUAUUGAAAUGACUAUUUGAACCCAUUCAAAAAUGAAACAAACGUUUUUCGAAUAUUCAACAAAAUCGAAAAAUACGAUCAACAAAUAAAAAAAUUUAACAAAGCCAGUGAACCGGUAUAAAGGACUUCCAAUUGAAGAAAUUAUGUAAAAAUUAUCUAAUACUUUGUAGCAUAGCCUUUGGAUUUUAUCUUCUUCCAAACUUCUUCGAUUUGCUUCUCAAAAGUUUGAGAUCGAAACAACCGUUUUUAACAAAGUUAUAAACAAAAAACCAAAAAAUACUUACCCAUCUUCGCUACUUAUUGUAUCUAAAACUCAGCGGUGAAUGAAAAACUGGUGUAGAAUUUUUUGUUACCAAGGUGGAACAUUUUGAUAGAAAGGCAGAGGAGGCACAAUAGAUUAUUCCAAUUGUUAAAAAUAAGUUUCUCUUGGAAAAAUUAUGCGCCUUUUGUUUUUACCAAUAAUUCAGGAUCGGAUCGACUUCGAGCAAAUUAAAACGUUCUCCGUGGAAAUCGAGGCACGAGACCAAGGAGAGCCAAGCCUUUCAAGCCGCGUCCCAUUGCACGUGACUGUAGUCGAUGUCAACGAUUUAUCGCCUCAAUUCGCGCAUCAAUACUACACCGCGAAAAGCAUAAAGGUUUUUUUUUCGAAAUUUUAUUACUUCUCAACACACAAAAGGCUUGUCAUGUUGGAAUCAAAAAACUUGGUUGCAGGAUGGGCUGCUCGUGCUGAAACCGGAGGCUAUUUCGGCGCGAGAUGGCGAUCGCCUCAACGCACCGCUGAUCUUCUCGUUGUCUGGAGGUCCUGACAUUCAAGGCGGAAACUUUUUCGAGGGGGGAUCUCAUCAAUCGCGAUCAUUUUUCACGCUAGAGCGCUCUAUUCCGGGCCGGCUUUCCAAAAAAAAAAAAAGGGUUUUGACAUCUUUAGAAAAGGGCAAUCGAAAAAUAAUGUACCUAUCUGGGGGACUUGUCAUUUCACAGAUUUUUUUCCUCUGAAAUCAAUCAAAAAAAAUAUUCUGAUAAGACUUGAAUGUUAUGAUCUUUCUUUUUAGUUUGAACUAAAACUUUAAAAAAACCUCCUUUUUUUGCCGCAAAAAAACAAUGUUUAGGCCUUUCUGUUCAUAAAGGUAAAACAUUCCCGACAGUUUUCACCUGCAAACUUUCUAGUUUUGUAAAAGAGACCGUAGAACUCACGAAAAACUAUAUCGAAUCGAAAUGACCUUUUAGGAAUUUUUGAACAUGAGGAAUGAUAAAGUAUAAUUUUUUUCAUUGAAGCUUCUAUCGAGACUUUCGAAUCAAAAUCAAAAACUAUUUCAAUGUCUUAGAAGUUGGCCAACAGAAUAGAAAAUUAUUUUUUUGCCAAGAAGAUUUCCGUCAAGUAUUUUCCUCUGGGUUCAGCAAACUCAAAGCGUUCUGAUAACAGUCUUCUCAUCAGCUAGAUAUCUCGAUAUCUCGUAUCACCAUAAAGCACUUGACUUCAAACUCAGACGUGUACCAUUUGUUCGUCGGUAUGUAUUCAAGGAGAGCGGAUAAUAUUUGUUGACUCCCAUCGCAUUGUCCACUCAACUUGCGAAGCCAUGCGGAGCUUCAUCGCUCUUGUCGCGGCAAGGAAAAGCAAUCCUUCGAGUGACGUUUUCCCACCGAUUCCGGUCGAGCAUUUUCCGUGCCGUCGGGGCUUUUGUCACAAAUCUUGAGCUUUCAACAAGCUUUUCACGCCAUGUGAAGGACGGCACGGGCUUUGAACAAGACCCGAAAAUCAGUAUAAAAAAUGGAAAAGUCGAAGUCUUUCAGAUAAGGUACAUGAACAUGAAUCAUAAUGUAAAAAAUCACAAAGUUAUUGAAGAAAUUCUAGCAAGCGAGAUUCGUGAAAAAAUCUUGAUAUUCAGUGAACAUGAAUGGCAAAUGUACAGUAUGAUUUGCUCUGAUAAUCGAUUUUAAAAAAUCCAUCCAUUCAACUUUCCCAUUCAGAACUCUCGGAGCAUUUCGAAAUUGACGACGAAGGCAAUAUAAAAACAAAAACUGCAUCUGCACCUCCUCGAGCGACGUUUUUCGUGACGGUUAGUACAAGUUUUUCAGAAUUUUGUGCGAAAAAAGUAAAUUCUCACAAUCUAGUUUUUUUUCCAGUGCGAAGUUUGGAGUUUUUUUCUCAGGAACGAAUCUUAAAACAAAUGAUUUUAAAAGUGGGAAAAAUCACUUAUAAGUUCCAAACUCCGCCCUAGAAAGAGUUCCCUCGCAAGAUUUCAACUCAUGGUAUGACAAAAAGUACGGUCCGUUGAACAUUUUGUUGCUGGAAAAAACUGAACUCCAUCAUCUGUGCGACCUCGAGUUAAAAACCCAUGAGCGGUCCACGUUCGCCACAGGAAAAAAUUCUUUAUAUUCCGAAGAACUCGUCAAAAGAUGACAUGCGCGCUCAAACGUUCGCAUCUGAAGUUCCUGAGGAAAAGAUAACAGAGAAGUUUUGAAGGCAAGUGAGAGGGACGAGCCUGAGAGAAGUGCCACAGCCAUUGUUGCAGUACGUCUGCAGCCAAAUAUCUACUUCCAUCACAACACUUACUCAGCUCAAGUUAGUUAUUUUCAAAAGUGAUGACUUAAAAAUCAACAAAAUGUUUUUUGUUAUCUUGGGUGAAGCUGUUAAAAUUCAAAAUCUGUAAAAUUGGCUUGUUUUUCACAAUAAAAGUUGCUUUAAUUUCUGUUUUUCAAAGUUUUCUCUCCCUAAACCGAAAUUUUGGAUAACUGAGGCCUUUCUUGUCAUUUGAAACAUCCAUUGAAGACUUGGUUAUUUUUGAAAAUCUAUAGAGUAAUGACAGUUCUCUAUCUAAUUUUGUCGAAACAUAUUGAAAUUUCGAAAUUUUUUUUUCGAAAAAUGAGAUCGAGUUAGAACAAACUAUCUUUUCUGUUUCUGAUUCCCAAUUUCAUCUUUUGAGAUCAGGCCAAUGACCAAAAUCGGAUCUAAACUGCUAAAAGUCAACGCGUAUUCUGAGAACGUAAGUAACCAAAUCCAUCCAACUUUGAAAAAAAAAAUAUUUUUCUACAGAACUCUUCUAUUGCUUAUUCUCUUUUGGGCGACACAAACGCUGUUUCUAUUGAUGAAUUUUCUGGAAAUGUUAUUUUGAAAAAGAGAAUCAGCCAGCCGGAAACUCUAAAUGUUACUGCAAACGACGGUGAAAACGUGAGUAAACCUAUUAUUCGAAAAUCUUUCAUGAAGGUUUCUUUUUGUAGAUAGUCAUGACAUCUUUGACUCUUGUUCCGAUAGAAAACGAGGAAGCGUGUCAGAAGCCGCCUCAGUUCGACAAAUUUGAGUACAAAAUGAAACUCGGGUCGUUGAAUGUUCUGGGUUCCGUGAAUGCAUCAACGCGAGAAAACGGCAGAAUCGAGUACACUCUCAUCAACAUGAACUCGUAAGAUCAAGAUUUCAACAGAAACAGAAAUUCAUUGAAAUUCCAGUGUGUUCGCCAUCGACAGCAAUGGCGUUGUAAAAUUUAUUCCCGGAAAUGAGCCACAAUGCAAAAUCUGCGAGCUUGUGGUAGUCGCCAGAGACGGGCACCAGCUUGCAGUUGCUAAGGUCGGCCGCAGACCGUUGAGAAAUAAAAAAGUUUGUUUUCAGGUCAUUGUUGAGAACCCGGCUUUCAUCAUUCCACCAACAGCGGCUCUUACAAUUCUCAUUUUCGUCAUAUUAAUUUUAAUCUUCUCACUCUUGUUCAUAAUAGUCUGCAAACGGUUUCAGAAAAUGUGAGUGGAAAAUUUGUACUCUCUUCAUUUAUCAAUUUUGAGCUGCCUAACAUUCAAAAUCUUCACUGACUGUAAAAGAAUUUCGAAUUUUCAACCGGACAUCAAAAAUUCUUUCAAUGUCACUAAAAGUGUUACAAUCAGGUGGAGGAACGGUAGAAGAGCAAGCAUCUGCUGGAUGAGCCACACUGGCGACACAGGAGUAUCCAUAACCGGAACGACUCCAACCACCACCACAAGGUGAAAAAAGUCUCUUUUUCGUUCGAAUCGAUCUCAACCGGGCUUUCAGCCGAUACAUUGUCAACAGUGAUAAGGAACGAUGUUACGACGCAAAGUCUCCAGGACCCAAAAGAUCCCAAGGUGCGCAUUUGGUCCCUGUCACAGUGACGUCCCGCGAUGGCGCCACACCUACUGUUUAUUUUUGA